AUGCCGGCCUGCUGGACUUUGAACGAGAACGUGUCUCUCCUGGUAGUUCUCUCUUGGCUGGCAGUGAAUGUCUAUCUGUUUACUGACACGUUCCGCUGGUAUGCAAAAGAAGAGGCUUUCUUUUAUACACGAGUUAUUCUGGGUUCCACCCUGGCCUGGGCGCGCGCGUCUGCAGUGUGCCUGAAUUUUAACUGCAUGCUCAUCCUGUUACCUGUCAGUCGGAACUUCAUUUCGCUGCUGAGGGGAGCCAGUCUGUGCUGCAGAGGCCCAUGGAGAAGGCAACUAGACAAAAACCUCAAGUUCCACAAACUCGUUGCCUAUGGGAUAGCUUUUAACGGAGUCAUCCACGCUGUGGCCCACGUGUUCAACCUGGAGCGCUACCACCUGGGGCAGGCCCAGGAUGCCGAAGGACUGCUGGCUGCGCUUUCCAAACUUGGCAAUGCCCCAAACGAGAGCUACCUCAAUCCCAUCCGUACCGUGUAUACGAGCACGACCAUCGAUCUAUUAAUGACAGUCUCUGGGAUUACUGGCCUGGUGAUCUCUGUGGCUUUGAUCUUGAUCAUGACCUCUUCAACUGAGUUCAUCAGACAGUCCUAUUAUGAGCUAUUCUGGUAUAUACACCAUAUUUUCAUCAUCUUCUUCAUCAGUCUGGCCAUCCAUGGAGCAGGUCGAAUUGUUCGAGGCCAAACUCCAGAGAGUCUUCAGCUGCACAACGCCACCUUCUGCAGAGACCUCUAUGCCGAAUGGCAAGCAGCUGCCUUGUGCCCUGUCCCUCAAUUCUCUGGCAAGGAACCUUCGGCCUGGAAAUGGGCUUUGGGCCCUGUGGUCUUGUAUGCGUGUGAAAGAAUAAUUAGGUUCUGGAGAUCUCACCAAGAAGUUGUCAUUACCAAGGUGGUGAGUCACCCGUCUGCAGUCCUGGAACUUCAUAUGAAGAAGCGUGACUUCAAGAUGGCACCCGGACAGUACAUCCUCAUCCAGUGCCCGUCUAUUUCCACACUGGAAUGGCACCCCUUCACUCUCACCUCUGCUCCCCAGGAGGACUUCUUUAGUGUGCACAUCCGUGCCUCAGGAGACUGGACAGAGGCGCUGUUGAAAGCCUUUGGGAUGGAGGGACAGGCCCCCAGUGAGCUCUGUAGCAUGCCAAGGCUGGCAGUGGACGGGCCCUUUGGAGGCUCUCUGGCAGAUGUGUUUCACUACCCUGUGAGUGUGUGCAUUGCAACGGGAAUUGGAGUCACUCCCUUCGCCUCUCUUCUGAAGUCUAUGUGGUAUAAAUGUUAUGAGUCACAGAGCCUGCCUGGGCUGAGCAAGAUGUACUUCUACUGGAUCUGCCGGGACGCCGGGGCGUUUGAGUGGUUUGCAGAUCUGUUACUGUCACUGGAAACGCGGAUGAGUGAGCAAGGGAAAGCUCACUUGCUGAGUUACCACAUAUUUCUCACUGGCUGGGAUGAAAACCAGGCUAUUCAUAUUGCCCUCCACUGGGGUGAAAGCCUGGAUGUGGUUACAGGUCUAAAGCAGAAGACCUUCUAUGGGAGACCCAACUGGAAUGAUGAAUUCAAGCAGAUUGCCUACAAUCACCCCAGCAGCAGCAUUGGCGUGUUCUUCUGUGGACCCAAAGCCAUGUCAAAGACACUUCAGAAGAUGUGUCGUCUGUACUCCUCAGCAGACCCUAGGGGUGUCCAAUUCCACUACAACAAGGAAAACUUCUAGAUGUGGGAGGCACAUUGAAUGCACUGUGCAAGUGGCUGCAAUCAAACAGGUCAAGGUUCAGGAGAUUGCUUUUUUCCACAAAGGGCCAAAGAGCGAUCGUUUUAGACCUCAUACACAAUACGGCCUCAGCCCCGUCUACUGAAUGCUGUGGUUCCAAGAUGCUAACACAGCCACAAACGAGAACACAUCAGAAUGGGCCGGCUGAGUGCUGUUGCCAUAAGAAUUUUUUUGUAGCCACUGAGGGUGAAUCUUAUGUCAUGAAAUUUGUAUUUUUGAUAAUCUGAAAAUGUAAAAGUCGGGUUUAGCCCAGAGAUGGGUAGUUGAGCACUGAACUAAAACGUAGAAAUCAUGACUAUCUAAACUUAGGACAUGGGCCAGAUGAGGCCUGUGAGAUGUAGACUUAAUGUUAAUCAAAGCAUGGUCAGAACUGGGGAGAACAUUGACACUUUUCCACCUUGUAUGACAUUGCAUGUUUGCCUUCCCUCUCUCCUUUCUUCCUUCCUCCCUUCCUGAUUCCCUUUUCUCUCUAUCUUUUUACAAAUAGUUAUAGCUCAAUUCAACUUCUGUCCCACAAAACAGCUGAAAACGUUUUUGAAAUUUCUAUCGAUUUAGUCUUUCCAUCACCUGAUGCUGGUUGCAAAGUGUUCCUCACAUCUUCUAGUUCUCUCCACCAGUAUUAAUGUUUUAUAAGCAUCUCAUCAAAUAUAUCAGACUUAUUUGAAAAUUAUUUAGCCCCAGACAGCAACAAGGAGGUGCAUUAGUAAUAUCGACAAGACUUUUUUAGUGGUAGAACAAAUUUUGCAAAUCUUUUCUUUAGACUUUAUAUCAAAUUAUUGAUUUCAGAGGACUGCUUUGACAAUCCUGUGCCUGUUGAUAUCAGUGUCCAGCUGAAACUGCUUAAUGACUAGCCAUUGGGAACUCUAUACCACAUCAUUUUUUCCCCAGAUUCAAGAUGAUACAUCA